GGUCAAAUAUUACUAAUACUACAAAAAUGUCCCAAUAGAAAACAAACUGAUGAAAUUUACGACGCGAGAGUUGAACAACGUCGAUCACGUCGUUUUUAAUUAAAAUAUUUUUGAUAUUUUAUAAUGCUGUGUGUGAAGUAAAGUGCCUGUUAUAUUAGUGUUAGGAUUUAUACAUUUAAGUGAUUUUAAAUAAAUGAAAUCGAAAUGUCGAAAAACAAAAUAGCAGCAAGAAUUGACAGCCAAAGUGUUGAAGUCAAAACCAAAUUUGAUGCGGAAUUCCGGAGAUUUUCACUAAGUCGGACGGAAAAACUGAAAUAUGAGGACUUCAAAGCGCUAAUAGAGAAACUCCACAGACUCCAUGACGUGGCAUUCCUCAUAUCGUAUACAGAUCCAAGGGACGGAGACCUUCUGCCGAUCAAUAACGAUGAUAACCUGGCGAGGGCGCUACUCACAGCGAGGCCGCUACUCAGAGUCAUUAUCCAGAGGAAAGGGGACAGUUUGGAAGAGCUAAAUGGAUACGGUACGAUGCGCCCGCGCAACAUUAUCUCUUCUAUACUCAGCGGAACGCCGGCAAAGAACAAAGGAUUAGCUAUAUCGAACCCACAUGAUUUUAGAAUGGUAUCAGCGAUCAUAGACGUGGACAUAGUGCCAGAGACGUGUAGAAGAGUUAAAUUAUUGAAACACGGCUCAGAUCGACCUUUAGGAUUUUUUAUUAGGGACGGUACAUCAGUGAGGGUAACUCCGAAUGGUGUGGAGCGCUCGCCCGGAAUCUUCAUAUCACGGCUCGUGCCCGGAGGGCUGGCGGAGUCCACGGGCUUGCUGGGUGUCAAUGAUGAGGUCCUGGAAGUUAACGGGAUCGAUGUCUCGAAUAAGACUUUAGAUCAGGUGACGGACAUGAUGGUGGCGAACUCGUCCAACCUGAUCGUGACGGUGCGGCCCGCCAACCAGCGCGCGGCCGCGCCCGCCGCGCCCGCCGACCGCGCCAGCGAGACCGACGACGACAGAUUCGACCAAGACGAACAAGACGAGAUAGUGGACCUCACAGCGGUAACCCUCGAACCCCAGCCCUCCCCCCCAUCCCCCCACUUCCCCCACGCGGCCAAAGAUGACGGCCAGGUUCUGCAUCUCUAGUACAUACAGCAGCUUCUGAAUAAAUACAGGAAUCAUGUGUAGACACAGAAAAGUAUAGAAGUCAUACCUUUUCAGCUUCUCUAGUAUAGAUGUUACAGCUAAACCCCGAAGUGCAGACACUUCAUGGUUUAGCCGUAACAUAUAUACACUAUGUACACUCGUACGGGAUUAAUGUAUAGCCGUAGACAGAGAGAGUUGUACACUUCGUCAUAUCUUGCGUUUCGCUCAUACAAUAGAAACGCGUAAACUAAUAAAUAAUUAAUGGGGGCUAAUUCAGCUAGGGGCGCUGAUGUUGUGAUAGGCAUAACACAAAAGUCAAAAUUUUGUUUGGUAACUGACAUGUAUGUAUUGCUAUCCCUUUCACCUGUCCACCUCUCCUUGCGCACUGAAUGGUAUAACUUUACAGUCGCUACUUGUUAUAAUUGUAUGCACCUCGCAAUAUAUAAUGCCAGCUCCACACUGUCGCCGAACUCAGUGAACAUUGCGCAAUUAGUAUGAGUGCUUUUAUUUACCGCAAUGUACAAAGAAUCCGCCAAAGUUUAGCAAACCGUUCGACGACAGUGUGGAGCCGGCAUAAGAGAGGUCGGGCUACCGAUGUAAGGGAUACCAAUAUAUUUACCUAGCAUCAAAAAGUUCUUGCGUUUACUAGCUCCAAUCUUACAGCUUCACAACAUGAGUACUCAUAGCAGGUGAAUUAGCAGCUUAUAAUCAAACUUAUUUGAUAAAGUCAGUUUCUUAUUGAGAUGGAAAAAUAGGUCAAUGACCAAAUAUCAAUUCUCUCUUAUGUACGUAAACGUUAACGGAGAUUUCUAUUGAAACAACGCCGUCUGGGGCCCUAUUCUCACGCAAUCGAAGUUCAUAUCAUCAAUUUUCUUAAAUUUUUUUUCGAAGGUUUUAAGCAAAUUUUUAAUAGGAAAAAUCUAUAGAUUGAUGCAUUGGAUUGAACUCUUUCAAUUGUGAUUUUUUCGUAAGUUAAGAAACCUGUUAAUUGUUAAACAUUCUAAAAAUAAUGGAGAAAAAUGGUGAUAUGAACUUUGUGUUAUAAUCGAGCCCUUAGCGGCAAACAAGCGAAGUUGCUUCGAUCUCAUAAAAAUCUUUAUAGUUAACCUUAGCUUACAAAAACUCACACUACGCCAUCAGAACACGGCCGUUGCGACUUUAGUGAAUUUGCAAGAGCGUGAUGGCAUUAUAAAGAUGUCAUAUCAUAAAGGUCGUUACCCUUUUUCCGUCUACCAUAGAAACAUACUAUAGUAUUGUGAGAUUAGAACAUUCCAAAUGGUGCGAGACAAUAAUGGUAACAUUCCACUAAGCCUUAAAGCGUAGAUGUAAAUAGGUUAGGGUAGCUCACGGUCGGACAAUAAGGUAAUCCGGAUAUGACUCGAGUAAGGGCCCGUCUCCAUUACUCCGUCGUUCUCCGUUGCGUUAACUUCCGUCGACGGAGCAACGCAGAAAUACAACGACGGAGCAAUGAGGCCGGACCUUAAAGGGUGAUACAUGAAAUGGAAAAUAGCUAUUAUUGGUGGUCUAAAAUAUGAUACACCUAGUUGUUGCUCGCGGCUCCGCUCACGGCUAAAUGUAGCCUAUGUCACUCCCCAGACUUUUAGAUCCUCACACACAAUAAUAUUUGAUCAUAAAGUAUUAAUCUAAAACAUUAAUAAAUACUAGUGAAUUUGUCAAAAAUUGGAAUUAUUGUCAAAACAUGAAAUAACUAUAGUCUUAUUAUUCUUACAAGGCCUUCACAAACAAACUUCACAGUACUUAUCAAAUUCUUGUUUAUAUUUCAAUUGAAAUCGUGACUUGUUCGCAGAUCGACUACUUUUCUCAAUGUAGGAUACAUUUUGAGAAGUAGACGUUCGUAAAAUGUAUUUUUCUCAUAAUGCCGGUUUCCCAAAUGAUCGCUAUCGUACAACGGCGGCUGCGCAAGAUGUCGCGAUUCACUUGAGUGAAAUUUAAUAGAAUCAUUAUCAUUAAAAUCCAUUACUAUUAUUAUUUGCUUAUUUAACGUUUAUUUAAAAGUUAUUUACAACAAGUGGAAGUUAAACAAAAACAAGGAGCAAGCAAGGUAUGUAUGUAUGUAUGUUUACACGAUAACGAAUCUUUGGUCUGAUUUUGAUGAAAUUUAAAAGGUUUUGGAUUAUAAAAGAUUUUGAUGGAAUUUUUAACUUCAUGGGGCAACAAAAUCGGUUAAGUCGUUUUUGAUAUAGUCACAGUUUUGUAGAAAUUUAUUGUGUUCUCGCGAGAUCCAAGUUCGCGGCGAACAACUAGUUAAUAAAAUACAUUUAUGUAUUUUUCUCAAAAAUUGAAAUUUUUAUCUCACUCUCGCGUUAUUUUUAAAAAGAGACAAUGCGAAAUCGAUCAUUUGAUAAAAAGGCUUUAUGUGAAAGAUAAACUUAACGAAUACGUGACGUUUUGAGAAGUGGACGUUCUGCGAAUGAGCCGACAGCCGACAAUAUUAGAUUUUUAAUGCAUUAUUAAUAAUAGGUAUCUUAAGUAUAAUUACUAUACUUGUCAUCGUGCGUUUACUUCGAAUCGAAACUAGUUUUAUGAAAAUGAAUUCAAUUAACUAUAAAUUAGCUUGAGAAAAAACAUUUUUCUCGAUUAUGCUAAAUAUCCGAGCUUAAAUAAGUGAGAACAAUUAUGUGCUUUAUUAUUAUUAGACUUAAGUUUGAUAUUUGAACGCGUCACGUGUCAAUUACUAAAUGAAAUCGGCCUAUACUUAGAAUUUUACAUCAUAGUGCCUAAAUAUGAAGCGUAAAAUGAAUUGAAAAUUAAUUCCAGUAUAUGAUGUGAGUCUUUUAGGGCCUAAUUCAACUGUUUUUGAUAGACUUAAGACCUGUUUCACCACUUAUAAAAUAUCAUUUUGUAAUCCGACAGAUAAACUAACUGCCAGAUAAAUCUGCCUGAAGUAAUUUGCCAGUUAGACGUGUCCAACAUCUGUUCGAUAUGUCACAUAUAGGUUAUCAGAUACUUUAUCAGCAAGCGGUGAAACAGACCCAAGGCAAUACAAUACUUAUCUGUGAAAUGGGGGCUAACGCCAGAGUUUCGCCGCUAGGGGGCUGAAAUUUGUGGUGCGUUGUGCGCAUGUUUCGUAGCGCAUGGAAAGCAGACGUCGUAACAGGUGCGUUUAAAAAAAUAUAUAUAUUUGAAUCAUUUGUAGUAUCAUUUUUUUUAAACGCACCUGAUACAACGUCUGCUCUCCUAUUAACGAGUUCGAUUGAAGAAAAAUAUCGUUAUGAAACCUGUACACUUUGAGUGCGACGUAUAAAUAGUUGGCGGUAGGUAUUAAAAAUCAUGUCAGAUGCCUUUAGGCGUCUUGAAUAAAAUCUGACACCAGUGUUAGCAAUAACACAGCCAAUAAGAAAGAAGCCUGUUUUGUUAUUCAGUUGAUGUGUCAAAAUAAUUUGAAAAAAUCCGAUUCCCAAUAACUUCCCACAAAAAGGUGCUAAAAUAUUGUUUUGAUGUUUGCAACAAAUUUAUAAAAAUGCCUGUUGGUAUAUUGUUAUAUUUUCAUUGAAUUAUUUAAAUAGUAAUUGUGCCCUCUGAACGUACAGUGAUGUGCAUUGAUAUGUAUACACAUUGAUUCUAAUAGGGUAGUUGACAAGGACAGAGAAUUGUAUAAAAUAUGUAUAAUCUAGGUAAAAUCGAUACUUAGGAUCAUUAUGAUAAAUCAUAGACUGUAACAACGCAGCUGGAUCAUUAUACGGAGAUUUCAAGUUGGUUGGUUCAAGUCCAUUUUCAAAAAGUAUGAAAUUAUAAAAACAAACUCAACCGUAAAAAAAAAACUAAAAAUUUGUAACAACUUUUAUUAUGAAGUCAUCACCAUAAGCGUAAUAUUUAAUGUAGCUGUCGAACAAACAUUUCUUUCUUUGCGAACAUUUUAGCAAGUUGUGACGUCACUUGUUCGUGUCGUUUAGUACAGAGCGUUUGGACGAGUCCAAAUAUGUGUAAUUUUAUUUUUGUCAGUUUCUAUUAAUAUAAGGGCCUUAGAAUAGUCAUCAAAGCAAUUUGUCAACUAGCCUAUUCUAAAAGUCUAAAACUAAAUGUAUUUGUAUACACAUCAAUGCACGUACUUUUUAUUUUUUAUAGAAAUGAUAUAAACAUUGUUUAAAUUGUAUGGGUGCAAAUUCGUCGCUAUUACCACUCCAUUAAGUUUAAGAUCCAUGAAGGGUAACUUGACAGGCGGUUCACUGUCCCCCCUAUAUAGCUUUUAAUUGCACAUUGCAUAUUAAGAUUUUCAUUGUGUGCCUUUUUUUAGUAUGUAUUUGAAAUCAGAGUGUCUCUGUCGACGGCGCCGGCCACCUUACCCGAUGCCGGCGCCGGCGCCCAUACCAGAUGCACUCCCUAUUUUAAAAUGGCAUUAUUAUUAUUAUAUGUAGUUUCUUUGGAGUUUAUCGUAUAGGCCUAAAAUGUUCACAUUCCAUCCACUGUCUUAUAUAAAAAGUAUUGAAUCGAAUUUAUGUUUGUACUUAACGACGUAUUGUUUUAUUUCGAAAUAAAUAAUGGUAAGGUACCGGAUGUGUAGUUAAAAAAGUUGUAGAAUUGGACCAAAAUGAAAAGGUAUAGAAGCAUAUCAAAGUUUUUUAGAUAGUGGUCUUGCUUAGUAUUGAAAAAUUACAAAGUUGGAUGUUUUUAAUGAGUAGUUCGUUUUUUAGAAGCGUGGAAUUAAUAAUAAUAAUAAAUCUUUAUUUCGGACAAAAAUCCAUACAAAGUGUUAGUACAAAAGUUACCUAUAUUUAUGUUAGUGCUUACAUCUACGGGACAAAUUGGAACCUGGCCUGUCGAGGCCAAGAUGGGACUCCUAUCCAGUGCUUCAGUAUUGGACUGUCCAUUCUGGCAUUUAUUUUAAUGCUAUCAAUAACUGGUUUUCGAGAGAUAAAAUAUCCACAGUAAGACCAAACAUGCUCACUUUUCGCAAUUCUAAUUAGCUCGAUAUUUAAUUCGUGGGUAGAUGAUAUGAAUUGAUAUUACAUAAAUUUUAUUAAAGAAAAUUUUGAAUAAAUGAUUAUAAUGAAUAUUUUUAUACUUUGCUUCUCAGUAAAUAACUCAUUGUAUGGCAUUUUAAAUGCUUGACACAGCCUAUUAUUUCAUUGUCUACCCGUGUUAUAUGUGUAUGUAUGUACAGUCUGUCUAUAAGAAGUAGAAAAUAAAUGAGCGCGCUGUGUGCUCUUGGCUGGCAACACUUGCUGUUUACCACACAGUGUUGCCAGCCAAUAAAAAUGUAUUUCAUUUAAAAUACAAUUUUCACUCUUUAUAAACAUACACAUUACAUAUUCAUACAAGAUCACAGCUGAGUAUUAUCAUUAGGUUUAAGCGAAUAAAAAAAUCCAUCCUAUGUGAUUUUAAAAUCGAGAAAAGUUUUUAACUAAAAGAAACUAGUUAAAAAUCAAAUCUAAGAUUUGGUUGGAAAAACUAUUAGGCUAUCUCCAAUUGCGAAAGAAAUAUAAGCUUUGUGCCUUAAAAUUGUAGGAUUACACUUGCGAAUAAAAUAUCCAAUAUUGCUGGAUUUUGCUAAUGCAAUUUGUAGCUAAGUAUCAUUGUAAAUAUAGCCUUCCCGAAUGAUUACAGCUAAAUUUAGUAAUAGGUAGUUACGAUAGUGGCAAUUAUUAUUUUAGAAACGGCAUUAAAGGAAUAUAGGAAAACACACAGCAUUUAGACGGCUGUAUUAAAACACAAAUAUAAGUUUUCCGAGUUCACAGUACUUGUUUUACUACUAAGAUCCAAUAUUAUUAUUCGUUUAUACGUGUCGUUAUUUAUAUAUUAUAUAUAUAUAUAUAUAUAUAUAUAUAUAUAUAUAUAUAUAUAUAUAUAUAUAUAUAUAAAUUUGAUUUGUACAUUCAGUUUGGUUAUUAAUUUCUAAUUUACUAAAAUGAAUAAUAAAGGACCCAGUAGACUACCUUGAGGCAUACCAUACCCUACAUUUUAUAUAACAGACUUAAUUUUUAAGGUGUUAUUAUAUAACUCGGAAGAUUUAUUUUAAGAAAAAUGAAAUCAUGGACUUGUAAUGUUGAAAUUCUUAUUAGUUCUUAUAAUAUUCGUAAUUUUAUAUUUUAGGUAUCAGUAUUGGAAUCAUGUUUUCAUGUAUUUAUGUUAUCACACCAUUUUGUACUUUUAUGUUUAAUGUACUUAAUUAUUUUAUAUUAUAGGUUGCCUUUAGUAUUACGAUUUUAUAUAAGGGCGUGUAUAUGUCGAGAGCAUUCGUUUUUAUUGUACGUAACAUUAAUUUUAAUUAGAAAAUGUCACCGUCUUUAUCGUAUCCGUAUUUUAUUUUUUACCACGUGAAUUUAAAUGCCUGAAAUUAAAUUAUUUUGGGUAAAUUUAAUACAUUCCUUAGAAUUAAGACAGGGUCCAUAAUGUUCAUAUUUGCAAGAUGUGUUCUUGUUAGAAACUUCACAUUUGAAUAUUAUAUAAUAUGAAGUAUAAAGUAGUAAUAAAUAAGUAUAAAAUGCGCUCUCGAUUUGUACUUGCCUUAAUAGAAGGGAACUAUUUGAUUGGCUCAAAAUGAUGGUCCAAACAUGAUCUUUGUCUAAUUAUUACAUAAUUUAGGAAAUACGAUAUUUACACUAGCGCACUUGUGUUGUAAUAAAAUAUAUUCAUAUUUAAAAUCGUA